GUUGAGGUGCGUGUCGGUUUUACGAUCCUUUGGCAAUCUUGCUCGGCCAAACGUCGUUCAGUAUUCUUUCUGUCAUUUGAAAGCCAUGGCGACGCCACCCCGUUCCCCGCGCCGCGUGCCCGGCUCCCGCACCGCCGUCGAGGCGGGCGAGCAGGGCAUGGCCCAGCUUCUCGAGCGCAAUCGAGAGUGGGCCGACGAGAUGCGGGCGAAGGACCCGAAUUUCUUCACCAAGCUCGUGGACCAGCAGUCGC